GGGGGCGGGGAGUGACGGGCGCUGGGUCACAUGAUAGGGGCGCGGGUCGGGGCCGUUGCUGCUCGGGGUGGGAGUCGGACGCGGAGGGGAAGUGACCAUGAGUUUUCUUGGUGGCUUUUUUGGUCCUGUUUGUGAAAUUGAUGUUAUACUUAAUGAUGCAGAAACACGAAAAACAGCAGAAAUCAAAACCGAAGAUGGUAAAGUAGAAAAACAUUAUCUUUUCUAUGAUGGAGAAUCUGUUUCAGGAAAGGUGAACAUAUGCUUUAAACAGCAAGGGAAGAGGCUAGAACACCAAGGAAUUAGAAUUGAAUUUGUAGGACAAAUUGAACUCUUCAAUGACAAGAGCAAUACACAUGAAUUUGUAAACCUAGUGAAAGAAUUGGCCUUACCUGGAGAACUGACACAGAGCAGAAGUUAUGACUUUGAGUUUAUGCAAGUUGAGAAGCCAUAUGAAUCCUACAUUGGUGCCAAUGUCAGAUUGAGGUACUUUCUUAAAGUGACAAUAGUAAGAAGACUGUCAGACUUGGUAAAAGAGUAUGACCUUAUUGUUCACCAACUUGCUACAUAUCCAGAUGUUAACAACUCUAUUAAAAUGGAAGUAGGCAUUGAAGACUGCCUGCAUAUAGAAUUUGAAUACAACAAGUCAAAGUAUCACUUGAAGGAUGUGAUUGUUGGAAAAAUUUAUUUCCUCUUAGUCAGGAUAAAAAUUCAGCACAUGGAAUUGCAGCUGAUUAAAAAAGAAAUCACUGGAAUUGGACCCAGUACCACAACAGAGACUGAAACCAUUGCGAAGUAUGAAAUCAUGGAUGGUGCACCUGUUAAAGGUGAAUCAAUUCCUAUAAGACUCUUCUUGGCAGGCUGUGACCCAACUCCUACAAUGAGGGAUGUGAACAAAAAAUUUUCUGUGAGAUACUUCUUGAAUUUAGUGCUUGUAGAUGAAGAAGACAGACGAUACUUCAAACAACAGGAAAUAAUUCUGUGGAGAAAAGCACCUGAGAAACUGAGGAAACAACGAACUAACUUUCACCAGAGAUUUGAAUCUCCAGAAUCGCAAGCAUCUGCUGAGCAACCUGAAAUGUGAACUGGUGUAAGGUGAAAAACAUUUGUGACACUUCAGCGGGUUAAAGAUGGUGGCAGCCUGUAGGAAAAGAAGGCCAAAAUUCCCAUUACAACUGUCUUCCUUCAUCUUACAGUGCUGCAUUUACCAUAUUACUAAAGCAUUCUUCAGUUAAACUUUCAAGUAUGUAUAUACCUUCAAAAUAAAAGUGCUUUCUCAAACACUGGAACUUUCUUAAGCUACUAUUUUAUACUGCACAUUUUAUUAUUUGAUAAUGUUAUGCACUUGAAUAUGCAUAAAGCUUAAGCUAGUAACUUC